AUGGCCGCUACUGUGACACGCCCGGCUUCAUACUUUGAUCCCCGUCCUGUCCUCAAUGUAGUGCGCCGACGCUCGUCGCAGAAACAUGCACCAUCCCCACUCUCCGCCCUGCCAAUCCUGGCCCAUAACGCAGAUGAUACCUACGACUAUGCCGAAACGGAGCGAUGGGGUUGGGUUGUGCUGGUCGUCACUUGGGUCGUCUUUGCUGUUGGCAUGGGAAGCUGUCUUGGUGUAUGGAGUUGGGCCUGGAAUGUUGGAGAGACACCUUAUGCACCGCCAGAGCUCGAGGACGAUCCUACACUGCCUAUAGUUGGUUACUACCCUGCCUUGAUCAUCUUGACUGCUGUCAUGGCUUGGGUGUGGGUUGUCAUUGCCUGGGUUGGCAUGAAAUACUUCAAGCAUGCAAAGAUACAAGGCGACGAUUGA